AUGGUGAAGAGCGGCUCGGACGAAGACGGCAUCCGGCUCGGGAGCAAGUUCCGGGCCACGGUGGCGGCCGCGGGUCUCAGCCCCAGGGCGUCCAGGGCAGACCUGGGUCACCUGACCCCCGAGGAGAGGUCCAUCCUGGCCAGGGUCUGGCAGAAGGAGGACGAGUUCGAGAAGAUGACCCUCGUCAAAAAAGCCCAAACCCCACCACCGACGCUACAGCAGUCGGUGGUCCCAACGUCCCUACCGCUCUCCACUGCUACCUCCUCGACAAACGCCUGCGACAAGUCCUUAGACAGCAGGAGUUCUUCGGGAGGGAUCCCCAAGGCGCUCGGCUCGGCGGGGACGUCUUCUUUGACGGCCAGUCCGACUCUUGCCACGCCUCAGCCGAUACCUCAGCCACCGCCCAAACCGUGCCGCAUUUGCCGCAAGGGCAUCCAGGCGGGCGAGCCCUGCCACACUUGCGACGACUGCAAGCAGCUCGUGUGCGACGACUGCGCCUCCUACUCGCGAGACCCCCACCACGCGGUCUGGAGAUGCUCCUGCUGCCGCCGAAGACAGAGCCACGACCGGCUGGGACCUCCGCCGGGUGCCGGGAUGCACCGGGUGCCCUCUGUGAGGCGGAUGGCCGAGAGGAUAGUCCAGGAGACAGGGGGAUCGGGAGGCUGCUCGCCCAACCCGGGACCGAGGGGAAGUUUCAUGCUCAGCGAACCCCUGAAGGAGGCCCUGAGGCUCGAGAUGCAGAUGCAGGUGGACGGAGGCUGCCUGGCGCCCCCCAGCGCCAGGACCAUCGUCAAGAGGGGCUCGUACGCGGGACAGACGGAAUGGCAACGCAAUGGGCUGCGGGCGUCCUCGCCCGAACGGAGGCACAGCUACCAGAAACCCGAGAGGGCGUCGUCCGAAAGCUCGCUCGAAGAGGAGUACCUGCCCAGGGCCGGAAGGCUCAGGAGGAGGUCAAGGGUUCAGCGGCACAAGAGCCAGACCGCUGCAGAUGAGGAGGACUCGGAGGGCAACGAGUGGCGCAGCAACACGUCCUCGUCGUCGGCGCUGGACAGUCUCGAGACGGACUUGCGGAGCUCCCGGAGGCUGGACGUGCUGCAGCGCUACAGCUCCGAGAGCUCGGACGUGAGCGACCUGAGCCGCGGGGCGCCCGAGAGCUCGCCCGAUGAGCGCCGCAGCAUCCCCAGCGUCACCGUGGACGCCAUCGCCGGGGGAGGCGGAGGUGGCAUCCUCUUCGAGGAACUGCGGCGCUGCUCCACGGGAAGCGCUAUGCCGCGCAUGCCCAUCCCGGAGAACCAGCUUUGCCUAUUUCCGGGAGCCCCCCACGGAACCGGAAGUACCCACUCGCUCGACCUUCCCCGCGAAGAGCAAGGCAAGCCCGAACGACGAGCCUCGGCACCGGAAGGGGACAACAUCAAGAUCGUCAUCGACGACGUCGAUUCUCAGGGACCCGCACCGGCGCCGCUUAGGAAGCGGCUGCUGCUACAGAGAGAUCCGUCCGACACCGGCGCCAGAACGCGCGGCUUCGGCAUGCGCGUGAUGGGCGGCAAGAAGGCCCCCGACGGCCACCUGUACGCGGCCGUGGCCUGGGUGCUGGCCGGGUCGUCGGCCGAUCUGGCGGGACUCCAGCAGGGCGACGUCAUCCUGGAGUGGAACGGCACGUCCCUCGUGGACAGGUCCUACGAGGAGGUGUGCGCCGUGCUCGACAAGUCCGGCAACACCGUCGAGAUACACAUCGAGACCGGCAGGAGGAUGAGCAGCCGCGAACUGAGAGCCUCGACAGGCAACAUCCCGGCGCGUAAAUGUUCCACGGGUUCGGUGGGUGGCGACGGCUCGUCCACCAGGCGAAAGCUGCCCAAGACACCCGACGAGAUCUGCCACACGGCCCACGUCCAAGGAAUGUUGGGCGUCCGGCUCUGGUACGACGGUGCUGACCUCGAAGUGACCGUCCUGGGCGCCAGGGGGCUCCCUCCGCGCCGCUCCUACGUCAAGCUGCGACUGCACGACCCGUGCACGGGCAUCCGGGGGGUGGCGAUGAAGACGCCCAUCUCGGAGCCCGUGGCCAACCCGGAGUGGAACAAGACCUUCGUCUUUCCGGCCCAGGAGUCGCUCGAGGGACUCUACCUGGACCUGUCCGUCUGGGACCACAGGCCCGUCGGUUCGAAUGCCUUCCUCGGAGAGGUCCAGGUUCCCCUGGGAAGGGCUCCUCUGAGGGACGUGUCCGAAUGGCUCUCCCUCGCCAGCAGGAGGACACGUUCCCAAGACCUGCCUUUCCCCAUCGAUGACAAGGACCUCGUCAAGAGCUCUUCUAUGGACUCCAUGCUGCUUCAUCCGGAUGACGCCUGGCAAGGCAAUCCCGUGGAACGCAAGUCGUCAGCCCCGACGGUCUACGCCAUUUCGCCUGGACGUAACAAGCAGCUUCUGGCGCAGGAUAGCCUGCCGGAACUGUACUCGUCCUCGCCAACGCAAGGACCUGAAAGAGCCAAAAGUGCCAGCUUCAAGAUGCGUCGAAAUGUCAACAUGCAAGACGCGGCUGCCGGAGUUGUUCCAGUAAUGGACGAGAGGAGGUCCCUACCGAGGCGCAAGUUGUCCCGUACGGUUAGCCUCAAAUCCGACGACCGUGCCACCGUCGUCAACCCCGGAGGGGACGGCGCCGACAGCAGUUCGGGAUCCGACCGCGGCGGUUCCCAGGACGCCGGUCCAGGACAACAGAAGAACUCCAGGCGAGACUUGGCCCGCCUCGGCGAGCUCAAACUGGGAUUCAUCAUGACCAAGGGACAACUGGAAGUCGAGGUCGUCUCCGCCAGAGGCCUGCCCUUGGGAGCUGCAGGAACUCCGCCAGACACGUACGUGAAGACGUACCUCAAGGAGGGCGACCGCCAGAUGCAAAAGCGCAAGACCCGCGUGGUGCGGCACGCCUGCGAGCCCCAGUACCGCCAGACGCUCAAAUACACCGCGGCCGACGUCUUGGGACGCUCCCUGCUGGUCACCGUCUGGGAGCGUGCCAAGGGCUUCGAGCACAACCAGCCCCUGGGCGCUGUGCUCGUCCAGCUGGACAGGCUGGAGCUGAGCCACCUCACGCUCGCCUGGUACGCCCUCCAGACGCCGGCCGGUCCCGCAGCCACGUCCGGACCCCGAGGCGACGUGGAAGACGACGCCGAUGAGGACGACUCGCCGUGAACGCCCAAGGGAUGUCCCUAAACGUCGAGCCGCAGCUGUACAAAGUCAGAGAUGGCCCAGAGCGCUGAGAUCGUCCCGCAUCCUUUGGACCUCGUCGUCCGAAACGCCCUUUGAAACGCUGCCUCAGUAAUUGCCUGAAAUUAACAAAACUUUGCCUCGAACGCUACAAAGUUCGUUUCUCGUCGUCCCUGGCGUUACCCACGUCAUGACGUUUGAAGACUCAUCUUAGCAGCUCAGAAUUAUUUAGAUUAAAUAUGUAAUUGCCUGAC